AAUCCUUUUGCUGGAAACUUUCUUUGGGCUUGUCGCAUCUCCCCCCACCGCGGGCAUCCACUACAUUUGACGGUUCCUCCCCGAAUUUGCAGGGGCUCGAUUCGAGGGUUUCUUGUCCCCGGAAUAGUCCGCCUACUAAUCUUAAAACAACAGACCCCGGCUCGGCAGUUUCCCCUCAUCUUCUAUCUAUUCUCGUGUUCGUCUCUGCUUACGACCAGAUCGCUCAUCUCCUCCCGUUGUGCCCCUCUUCUCCCUUCCCAACGCUACCUUUCGCCGUCAUUCCACCAUGGCCAGCGUCGUCGAAGCCGCAAAGCGCGCUGCCGGUAAGGCUGCCGUCGAGAACCACUACCCCAAGGAUGCCAAAUACGUCGGCAUUGGCAGUGGUUCGACCAUUGUCUAUGUGGUCGAGGCCAUCAAGGAGUCCGGAAUAGACACCUCCGCCACCAAAUAUGUCCCCACCGGCUUCCAGUCCAAGCAGCUGAUUGUCGGCGCUGGUCUGACCGCGGUGGACUUUGAUGCCCUCCCCGAAGGCACGGUUCUGGAUGUUGCCUUCGAUGGUGCCGAUGAGGUCGACGAUGAGCUGAACCUGAUCAAGGGUGGUGGUGCUUGUCUCUUCCAGGAGAAGAUUGUGGCUCUUCAGGCCAAGGAGUUCAUCUGUGUGGCUGACUCCCGCAAACUCCAAUCCCGCCUGCUCACCGGCUGGAAGUACAUCCCCAUCGAAGUCGCUCCUAUCGCGGCCCGUCGCGUUCUCGGUGCUCUCAAGGAAAUCGGCAGCAUUGACCCCGCUAUCCGCGUGAACUCCGAUGCCAAGCAAGGCCCAUUGAAGACCGACCAGGCCUUCUACAUUAUCGACGCUCCCUUCAAGACUCUGCUGACCCAGGCAGACGUGGCUGCUGGCAAGGACGGCAGUGGCAAGGACGGCGUGUGGGAGGUCCACGCCCUCUCUCAAGCCAUCAAGCAGAUUCCCGGCGUUCUCGACGUGGGUAUCUUCUCUGGCGUGACAGGCCCUCAGGCGCAGGCGCUCGGUGGUGUCGGAGGCCAGAAGCCUAUUGCUGCCUACUUCGGUAUGCCUGACGGCUCGGUGUCUGUCAGAAAGGCCGCUGCUUGAAUGGGACUGCUCCCUAACGCCAUAUACGAUACGUCAAGAGAUUAGAAGAAAAAGUACAAGUACAAAUGAUACCAUGUAGACUGUUAGCACGAAUCGGACUAUUUUACGCUUUCUAUAACCUGGUGCCUCGUAACUGUGAUAUCAAUGAACCAAAAGUAAGAACAAGAACACCAGUCUCCGCACGCCGGUCAUCAAGACAAAGUAAGUUAGUUUCAUAAGGCGACAAUAUACUCAAGCCUAUUUGGCGCCCUUCCCCUUCGCUUCCGUCUCUCCAAGCUCACGUACAAAGAUCU